AUGGCUGACGUAGACGAGGAGGCAAUUCAGGCCCCUGCAAAUGCCUCUACAGAGGAUGUUGACCUGUCCGACGAGACGCAGGACUUCCGCUUCUUGAACCACUUAAAUUUCUUCGCCGAUUCAUCCCCCGGCAUCCCGCGCCGCGGCGAAAAGGACUUUGAGCCCAAUCCGACAGAACUUCAAGCCGAUGUACUCUCCGCUUCGCGAGGUGCCAUGCACAAUGCGCUCUCAUACCCCCGUCUUCACAGCGCCAAAACUCGUAUCAUAGCUUUCUACGCACCCGAAGGUUACGUCCCUCCAGUUAAAACCGAUAGUGCGACACCGAAAGCUAGCGGAGAAGACGAAAAGAGCUCGGAGUCUACCCCCAAACCCGCAAGGCCUUUGCCUAAUUCCGCCAAGAUAUCCCCCGACGCAUGUGUCUAUGUGCCCAACCCCAAGGGCCAGUUCUUCAAGUCAAUGGGCCAGGCAGACUCGUCAAGCCGUGUCUGGCUGUUGCCCGAGGAAGCCUUAUAUCUUAUUGAGCGAGGAAGUCUGGAUAUCAGAUGGCCUAGCCCAUCUGGGUCAGAAGAAGACCUCUCCGUCCCUAUGAGCUUGCAGGCUGCAUAUACAUGCUUCAUGGGCCGCGGUGGUCUAACGCUUGAGCGGUACUCCGUUUAUACCGGUCUCAGGCGUCUGGGAUAUGCACUAAUUCGAGCUCCUGGAUGGUGCGAUGACAUUGAGAAGGAGGAUACGGAUGUCUCAGAGGCUAGUGAAAUAACACCAACCAAGCAUCAUGGCCCCGGCCUGGCUGGUAUGCUUGGAUCACUUUUCAAUUGGAUCCAUGACCCUCGCUCGACGGCCUCUACAGCAACUGGCCCUAUCAUCGGCACUGGCAUCCACCGUCAUUACAUGGAUGUAUACCGCAAACUCGCCAUCAUCCCCUGGUACGACCCAGCCACCGCGCCCGAAAGACACCCCGCGGAUACCACACCACCAUUCCGCGUCGUGUUCCACGUCUAUAAGCCCUCAACCCCCUUCAAAAAGUCCGCACCUCCACCUCCAGACUUCCGCGUUGCGGUCGUCAGCACACGGGACCAAACCACUAUGCCCACUAUGACACAACUCGGUGCUUUGCUCGAAAGCACCCCACUUGACCCCCCGACUGGGGUGAAAAUGCAAAAUAUGAUGUACAUGAGACUUCGGCAUGGAUACCGCAAUGUCGUCCUGGCUGUCGUUGAUCAGGGUGUGGUCAGCUACUUGCGGAUUGCUGAUUCCGCGUUCGGGAAAGAGAAGCUAUAUGAGAACAAGGGUGGACCCCAGGGUCCUAAGCGGAAUCGUGCAAAUCAAAAGUCGAAAAAGCGUUGA